AUGAAAUUGCAGAGGAGGCCGGAUAAAGUAAUUUGUUCGCUCAUAUUCUGCUUCAUCUUUGGAGCAGUUUUGGCGGCCGAAGAAGAAUCUAGAUCUUCCUACAUAGUAGCCCAAGAGAACAAGCGUUUACAUGGCUAUGCUGUAAAGAGAAUCGAUUCUACGGAUGAAAUGUCAUGCAGUCAAGCUUGUUUAAGGCAUUCUUGGUGUACUUCUUCUAACUUCAAAGAGUCCUCAGGCAAUUGUGAACUGAACAACCACGAGUUUUCAAUAACUGCAGAUGGUGACACCAAGCUCACUGAUAAUACGGGCACAACGUUGUCAAUGUUUCUUAAGGUAAGGCGAAGAGAGGUUUGUCAACAACGUACGCGAUGUAAUUAAGAACUGCGUUCAACUAAAUUUUUAACUAAUACACAUCAGUUCUGUUCUGUUGGAAAAACAAUAAAAUUGAGUUUUAUUAGGAUGCAUUUAUCAAAAAUGGCAUCCAAAGCGGGGAUAUGCCUUGUAUUGGAGCCAGUCAUGUUCACUGCCUUUUGCUACCAGUUUCAAUCCGGGACAAUUUUUUAAUGUUAUUGACGGCUAUGUAUAUUCUUGCCUUCAGUUGGUUUACUUGUUAUUAAAUUACAGUUAAGAAAAAUGCGCAGUGCAAUUCAAAAGGAGAGUCCGUCGAGUUUGUAAUUUAUGGAAAUUUUAUUUUGGUUUCCAAGUUCAAAGUAAUUAUAUUGUACAGAUAUGAUUUGCACUGCGCCUUAAAAAGUAUCUUGAGAGAUCAGUACGCACUGCAAGGAUCACAUGAAUUCGAACGUUUUUGCCCUAAAACAUUUGCUAGUGUAAAAAGCUGCAGGAAGUCGAUGGAAAACAACUUUUGCUUACCCAUGUAAAAUGUGAUUUUCUGCAGGGUUGUCUGAUGGCUGGAUGCCUCAACGGAGGUUCUUGUUUGUUCGACAAGGAAAAAGAAGCUUUCGCUUGCUCAUGCGAUCUGCAAUGGAAUGGAGAAAAAUGUGAACUAGGUAAAUUCUUACUUUUUUUUUGUCCCUUUUAAUAAAUAUAGAAUAGUGAAAGAGGUGCAUUCCCUGCUAGCACCUGGUAUCCCGAAUACCAUGGAAACUCUAGGCCUCAAACAGUACACAUCUUUCCCUGUUAGCAGAAAAAUCACAUAUUUGUCUGUAUCUGGCAAAUGUUUCAGUGGUACAAAGAAAGUUAAACUGUUGACAGAUUACCAAUUUAAUGAACCUUCUACCUUGUGAAACUGGUAAGCAGCAUUUGGCGUUCAAUUUCUUAUCCUCAAAUGUGGAUCGGCCUGGAAUCAGGUUCCUUAGUAGGAAGAAAAAAGCGAAUAAUGGAGUGAACAGCCUGCUAUUCGCCCCUUUUCUCCUCUAAGAAGCCUCAGAUCUAGGCUAAGUCUGGAACUUCAAUGUUUUUCUCGUGAUUUUUCGUUUUCUUUCUCAUGAAGUAUAGGCUCCUGAAGGGUAUAUAUGUCCAAUGCACAGUUGUGGCCAUUUUUAAUUUUGGGUUCGCCAUCUUGUGUUCCGGCCAUUAGGCUCUACAGCAAAAGCUUUCAGCCAACCUUGCAUUAUCCGCGAGUUUCUCCAUCUGAUGGACUAAUUAUAAUCUGUUUUUGUAGACAUUGACGAAUGCGCAAAAAAUACCCACAAGUGCGGUGCCAAUGCUUACUGCAAUAAUUCCAAGGGAGGAUACAACUGCAAAUGUCAUCCGCGAUAUUACGGAGAUGGAAAGAAUUGUGAACCAGGUGAGAUGGCAGGCUUUGUAUGAACUUGGAAGAUUUUUGAAAAACUACGUAAGCAGACAAUACCGUUUAAUCUGUGCGAAAAGUAGACAAUUUAUUUGGCCAUUAUUCUAUAAUGAUAGUCAAACGUAUUUUUAUACUAGGAGUAAUCGGAGCUUAGAAGAGUGCGUUCGAUAUGUUUGUUAGGCGUACAGGUAGCAGUUGAGGGGGAAGGGUGGUUGCGAUAUAGAUAAAUAUGAUUAUGGCUUAUAUUGAACGUAAGGUUUGCGUACAGCAAAACCUCUAUUUAAACUGUGCAUCAUUAUAAGAAGGUUUUGAAAAGAUAUCGUAUGGUUCGGUGUCAAGUGUUUGUAAUCGGAGGAGACAUUGGCCAGAGUGCGUCGAGCGUGUAAAUAGAACAUUUUGCUUUACUGGCGCGAUUACAGGACGCAGUUGCUCAAGGCCGAUUAGGCUUAACCCGGGAUUCUUUUUCUUUCUUCAAAACAUUUCUUCGGAUAAUUUUCUCUGUUUUCAGUUUAAGAGCAUCCAAUCAUCAACUCGUUGACAAAAUGAAUUAAAUUGAAUUUACUGUUUUAAAAGCUUUCACAUCUGAAUUCAAACUUCGCACUAACCCUGUCAAAGCCUUCAAUGGAAUGUGUGUGCGGCUCACGUCAAUAACUUUUUCAGUAAUUUGGUCGAGCGUGUUGAUUUCAGUGACUCGAAAGUGGCGCUACUCUGGGCUGUUUUAUAAGUUUUUCCUAAUAAAGAACAUAGAGUUAAAGUGUUCGUUCGUUUUUCCGGUGCCGAAAAUAUCACAAGUCAUGAUCAAAUGGCGCCGCCAAGCUUCACAUCUCGGUAGAUUUACUUUGUGGUACAACGGCCGCCGAACUAAACCCGGUUUGAUGCAUGCAACAGGAGUCGCAGACAUUUUCCAAAGACAGUGAUGAACCAUGUUGAAAAGUAUGAAGGCUUAAUCCAAAGUAAAAUUUAACAGCAAACUGCUGAAAGAUGAACGCUUUGGACGAUUCAGCAAACACAGAUUCGAUCAAUGUAUGCUUUACGAAGAUUCAGCAAACUUUUUAAAAGAUGAACGCUUUACGAAAACAGAAUAUAAGACCUCAGCAAACCUUUGAAAGAUGAACGCCGAGGACACAAGAAUCACCACGUGAGCUAGCGCGUGAAAGUGAGGCAAAACGUAAGCAAGCGCCUCAAAAUGCAAUCUCAAAAUGCAAUUUCAAAAAAACCUCCCUUAUUAAUUACACAGGACACCCAACACAAAUUAGGGGUUGCGUUCUCGUGACCUCGAACGCAAUAAUAGUAUGAACCGACAUCUAACUGAAGACAGUAGGUCUUCUUCUCAAACAGAAAAUGGUUGGGAAGGAAUUUUUAAUAUAGAAGGUAUCUUUUUAAAAGAAUCAUGCUGAAAGUAAAAAUAAAAAAGUUCACAAACCAUUCGAGAAUAAAUUUGAGUCUUUCAGACCUAGCAGGUACUCACUGGACAUGUUACAACGGACAUAUUUGUGGGCAAAAUUCCAGACAUCUCAACUGCCUUUGUAACGAGGGCUUUAUUGGAGCAUCUUGCCACAAUAAGUAACAAAACAAGCGUUGACUGAAACUGAAAAAGUGCCCUUGUCUUAGCUUGAAUAUAGGACAAGAACACUAGCAGGACUACUAGUGAAUUUGAUCAUUUUUUUUUUCAGCGAUCAAGUCAUGUCAAGACUGGCAUCACGAGAACCCAGACGAGUAGGUUACUUCUAUUUUUCACAAAGGUCUUUUUUUAUUCGAGUUGGUUUGAAAACGACACCAACGCUUUAGUACUAGACAAGGUUGUGAAACUGUUCUUUUUUUAUGUAAACAGUGAAAAACCUGCAUGUUUUGACACCCUUAGGGAAUGCUCUAGUGUCCGCCUAAUACAAGUUUCACUGCAGUUGUUAAUUAACCAAAAAGUGUCUUCUUUGUCUAGGACAAACAAAACUCAGAUGGUUACAAUUAUCUUUGACUCAAAGCCAACAUCGGUUCUCUGUCACAUGGGAGAUUUUGGAUGUGGGGAUGGAGGAUGGACACCGGUCAUGAAGAUGGACGGCAACAAGGUACGAAGUAGCCUGUGUCAGGCUCUUAGAUAGUAGGGACAUCAGAGCCUCUGUAUGGGUGUUUCCGACGAAAUCGAACGCGAAGAUCGCCAUUGGUUGGGCUGAGCUUGCUAGUAGCGUUACCACACAAAUGCUUAAUAUGCGACGAUUUUGUGCUCGCCUGAAAAAACGACGAUUUGAUGGAAAAUGCGCGACAAAAUCGACGUAUGCAGGUACCCACGCAGAGGCUCACAUCGCCAAAAUAAAACAGGCCAAGCGUUCUUAUUCUGCGUUCAGUUCAUUUUUAUUUACUAGCCAAAAUAUAAUACAAUACAGGAAUACAAACAGAAAUUGUAAGUUGGCAGGGAGCCCAGAAAAAACCAGAGGGCUUAUGAAGCCUGGGCUCCCCAGUCACGAAGAAAAAUGUACGACGAAUUUCGCUGAGCGAUACGUUAAAAAUAGGAACUAGACAGAGACUGAGUUAAGUUAUGAUGUCAGUAACAAGAUAUAGAAAAACGUUCUUAACUCUGGAUUCGUACGAAUAUAAGGAGGGGCAUCGCGAAUGUAACGUUGUACACAUCAGUAAUUUAUCGUUCAAUUAAUUUGACGGCCAAGUACUUGUUUCUGUCACAGCAAACUUUUGAAUACAAUUCCUCUCUCUGGAGCAACAAAGAAACCUUUAACCUUGACGGAGGGAAGACUGGGUUUGACUCACAGGAGACCAAACUUCCCUCCUACUGGAACACAUCCUUCUCCAAGAUCUGCCUCGGUAUGAAGAUCAAUGACAACCAGUCCAAGUUUAUUGUUAUCAACCAGCAGGCCAACUCCUUGUACUCUCUGAUCGCUGAUGGGCAAUACCGCAACACCUCACUGGGUCGUGACACCUGGAAGUCGCUGAUUGGUUCUGAGGCCUCCUUGCAGAACAACUGUAACAAGGAAGGGUUCAAUGCUGUUAGUAGUGGUAUUCGCGGUUCCAAAGCAAGAAUCGGUAUCAUUAGUAACGACCGUUACAAUUGCGCAUCUUGCGACUCUAGAAUUGGAUUUGGCACUGGUGGAAAGCCUGGUAAUAGCAACUCAUGUGGAAACGAGGCUUCACAUAAUUCAGAUAAUGGGAAUAAGCAUAUUAAGACAAUGGGAUACAUUUUGGUGCAGUGA